GUGCGGGCCGGGCAGUGAGCCGCAACAUAUACAUGGAGUGGUCGAACUCUUCGCAUGGAGAAGGAUGUCAUCUCGACUGCUAUAUGGAAACAGUAGAGGUUGAGAAAUGAUUUUUUGGUGUGAAGUCAUAAAUGCUCACCGAAGCUAUUUAUACAGAGAGGGCGGUUUGACGUGGUUGCGUCCCUGAGGCUCAUUAUGGCUUUGUUGAGUAUUGUUGGAGCACUGUCUAUAAUUGGUUCAGCUGUAUACAGAAAAACUGUCUGCAAUCCGAAAGUGCAUCCAAUAUUCGUCCUGUCAAUUGUGGACACUGUGCUGAGUAUUCUGUGGAUCAGUGGAGGACUGGUGUGGCUAAAAGGAGGACUCAGUCAUUACCACGACCUCAGAGUUGGUUGCUACGCCAUCAACUGUAUGACUGUGAUUUUUCAGUGUGUUGCAAUGAAUGUGACUCUCAUCUAUGCCCUCCUGGCCUACUCCAGUAUCAAACAGAGAGACUUUAGUGGUGUAUAUAUGCUUCGGGAGAGAGCAGCGUCUGUCAAAGUGUGGUCCCCUCUCUGUUCUUUCGCUGCCUACUUCAUUGCCUGGACUUUACCUAUUCCUCUGGUCAUGAUUCCAUUUGGAGUAAUAGCUCAACGGUACAACAUUGUUGAAAAGGCCAACAACUGCUCCUGCUGGUGCUUGCCUUACUAUGGGAACCUACUGCCUCGAGGAAAAACGGGUUAUGGGAAUGGCCAAGAGGGAGACAUGUAUUUACACCACUUACACGACUACGUAACUGCUUAUUCUGCGGUUCUUGUUGCUAACUUUACCACUGUGUUCUGCUGUAUGGUAGUGAUUUACUUGAAAGCUUUUUGCCGAAUUAGACGAAUGAUACUAACAAAAAAAAAUAACGAGAACGCCCCUCUAAAUGGAGCCACUCAGGCUAUGAUUCUGGCCGCACACAAGGAUGCAAAGAAGAGGGUACUUAUCUUUUUCUUUGCUUAUUUCAUAAGUGGAGCAAUGAGUGAGUGACAUAGCUAGUUUGAUAGAAACAAAUCUUGACUGUUUUUUGCACAGCAUUUUCAUUCGGAAUGCAGUACUUUAUUCUACAGUUUGUUGGCAAAAGGUCCCAUAAAAACAUCCACCACGUUCGUGAAGAUCUGUACAUCAUGCUGCUCCUUGAGGCAUUGUUGGCCCCAUCUCAAGGGUUUAUGAAUGCCCUUGCCUAUGGCUGGACUCGAGGAAACUUUCUGAGUGCUAUGUCAGCACAACCACUCAACACAGGAGGUAGAUCGAACUCCCUUACCACAUCUUUAGGAGAGAGAGACGAAGAAGAAGAUGAGGAGGGUGACGGAGAGGAGGAGAAAGAGGUGGAUGAUGAGAGGGGGGAGUGGAACCAAAGGAGUGAAUUGAGCCCAGGGAACUCUCUCCUGUUAUCACUCAGCAGAGCUCGCGACUCAGUGGCAGGAGAGAGGAGACAGAGAGGGAACACUGCCCUCACCCCUGUCUCAUGACUUUCUGUUUGGACAUUCUUAUUACCGUACCCAUGGAAAGUUUAUGGUUCACUAUAAUGCUCCACUAGAUUGUGUUUGUGACACAACUGUUAUGGUUUUGUAAACUGCAGUGUUGUUUGCAUACGCCCCUCCCCUGUGGGCACACUCACUUUAUGUGAGUGGCUUUGGUAUAGUACUUGUCAUAGGCUUUGGAUAACAAUGACCCA